AUGCGAGCUUUGUGGGCAAGACCGUAUUCGCUGACAAUUCUAUCUGCAGGGAACGAGGCUCGCGCGAUCCGGAUCCUGGAGAUCAUGAACGACUUCCGCACCUUGCAGGUCCACAUCUCGUCCCUGAUUACACGCACUGAGGCGACCCCUCCAGAUGAGCAAUCCUACUAUCUUGACGGCUAUGUGGUCUUGAGACAAUGCGCCGCUGAGUCGCAAGCUAUUCUGGCUACCCUCUAUAACCCGGGGAAUUUGGGGCUUCAGUCUGGACACAUCCCGGAGACCGAAGUCCAGAAGGCAACACUGCAGAGAAUCAUCCUCGAUGCUUCGACAAGAAGACUGCAAGCACACAAAAUAUACCUCCGGGCUUCGGCUGCUAUGCGAUGGGUGCAGAUGCGGGCGCAACUGUUGCGAGGCGAGAAACCAAGCCAAAGACAUGUCAACGGGCUACGGGCGAUUGAUCAAAGACUGCGAGAGGAACUCAACCAGAUCACCGACGAACACGUUGUUAACGACUUGCACACUGCGGACCGCCGCAUGGGGUACUGGCUUGACGAAGAUCCAACCCUGGAACGAAUGUUGACGUGGAUUCGAAUGCAGCGAUGA